AUGGCUAUAAAGAAUCGUGCAUUGAGUUCCGAGCUUCUGAGUCCGGUCGCUGAAGAGGUCUGGAAGCCGAUAUUCGAAGUCGCCAGGACAAGCAAACCACCUUCUAGCGAGGGCGCUAACAUCGCCAUUCAUCUUCAUCUCGUUGCAGAGGCUUUCAAGCGCCAGUCGCUCUAUCAUCUUACCUCGGAGAUCCAGAGGCAAUGUGAUUUGGUUUUAAGGGAUAUUUUCAAUAUUUGCACGUGGCCACUGUCAUCCUCCUCAUACCAUAAUCCCAAAGAAACUAGUGCCCAAUAUCUCUAUACGGAAUUGUCUCGAAAAUUUCGUCAUCAGCCCGUUCAAGAUGAAAUGAUUAAUUCGAUCUCAAAAUUUUUACUUCAAGGACGAAGUCUGAUUAGGCGAUAUUCGCAACGACUCGAAAACUUAUCCGUCGAACUCGAUCGAAUCGAUCAAAACGAUGCCGAUGAGUCUGCAGUCUCUAGCCAAUAUCUCAGUCCUCGGAAUGGGGAUGAAUACCCUGAUCAUGUCAAUCGAUAUCUCAUCGACGCAUUGAAAGAACACUCAACCUGUUAUCCUGAGUCUCACGCUGUAAAGUAUAGAGACAUGGCCAAGUGGCAUCAUACCAGAAUAUCUCUCAGUAAUGGAGUGCUGGCAGAUGAGCGAUUUGCUGAGGUUGAACUUAUGAUCGCUUCCCAAGGAAUGACACUUUGGCAAGAUAUAUCUCUCUAUAUUCCCCUCGAUCAUUCCAUGAAUUCGAAUGACGAGACUGACCAUGACAUGGACCUUAUUCCAAUAACCCAGGGCGCUGUUUGUCAAAUGCUCGAGGAAAAAUCUUAUAACAGGAUCCGCCUUCGGUUGGACAUGAAUCAUCAACUUCACAAAUUCCGUGACCCUGAAUUCCUUCGUUAUUUUAUAUCCCCCGGCGAUGGUGUGCAACUGUCCUACAUUCUGCAUCACUGCAACCUUAGUGUGGAGCACAAAAUCACCCUGGCGUAUGCAAUUUCUCGGUCGUGCUGGCAGUUCUAUGACUUUAAUUUGAUGCAUGCAAGAUGGACUAGCGAUAGCAUUUGGUUCAUGCCGCUCGACAAUCAUAAUAAGAAUCAGAUACCACUCCGAGCUUAUGUCUCAAUUCCUUUCCAUCAACAGGACCAAUCACUAGCGGAAUACCUGGAAACAGGCGACUAUACUCACCGAUACCCUCGGAUUCUGUUUCUAGGCAUCAUUCUUCUGGAAAUCGGUCUCGGAAAGUCUCUUGGAAUCGAACCGUUUGAAACGUCGAAUCUCAGCCUUGUCGCACACACGAAUAAGGCGCACUCCAAGGCCCAGAUGCGUUUGAAUGAGUUCAAGAAAAUAUCGUGGACCGAUUUUUCCUACAAAGAUGUGUUCGUUGAAGCGGUUGAAAAAUGUAUGGAUUCUAGGAAUUUCGACGAUAUGCACAAGACCCAAAAAAGACGGCGGAGACGGUUUCACUCAAUAUCUAAACAGCCACUCACCGCAAACACGUCUAUUCCGAAAGAGAGGCGGAUUGCUUUGUACCGAAAGGUCGUUGCCCCAUUGUGCUGGCUUGCUAAUGUUGGCUUUGAAGCUUCAAGGGAGGUUCCAUUGAUUACAGUUCAAAAUCUACAGCGACCCAAGUCGACUGUUCUUGAAGAUGAAACAACUCGAGCAUUUUGGACCUCGGUGAAAGAUCCCGCUUUUGACACUACUAACUCUGUUUCUCAAGCAGGUUCUUGGAUUGAUCGCUUGAAGGUAAUUUCUGGCUAUGUACUUCGAUGUCAACGGCUAGCAAAAGUCACCACACGGAUUCGUGUGGCAAUUCUUGACACGGGCUGCAAUCGAGACAUUCCAAUUUUUCAGAAUGCCACAAUCUCGGACUGCUUCAAGGACUGGAAAGACUUUGCUGCUGACUCUCAGAUUUCAGUCGAUACAUUCGGACAUGGAACUUUCAUGGCAUGUCUUCUGCUACAGGUCGCUCCUAUCGUCGAUCUUUACAUUGCUCGCAUUGCGGUUGCACAGGACCAAUUAGAACUGAGCGAAGAUAACGUUGUUCAGGCAAUCAAACAUGCUGGUUUUACCUGGAAGGCUGAUGUGGUGUCCAUGUCCUUCAGCUUCCCGAAGCCGAGUGUGGCCAUCUCUAGCGCUAUCGAAAGUGUUAUGAGGAAAAGUGAGAAACCAAUAAUAUUCCUCGGCAGUGCCGGAAACUCGUCAAGUGAUCGUGGAGAAGCGUUCCCUGCCCGACACCCUGAUGUUAUCCCAAUCUAUGCCACGGAUCAUCAAGGAGCAUUUCUCAGAUCAAACCCAACAAGAUCAGGAGAUGGACCGCGAGUCCUGGGGACCUACGGCGACAAUAUUCCGGAAUUGAUUUAUGCCGAGAUGAAGCAAUUUUUCCCUUUAGGAGACUUCAGCCCCGGAACUUCAGUUUCCACUGCCGUCGCCGCGGGAAUUGUUGCGAUGAUGCUUUCAUACUCUGCUGCGCUUCCCGCUCUGAUUCAAGCAACCCUCUUUGAAGAAAUCUUAGAGAAGCUCAGGACUCCCAAGGGAAUGACGAACAUGUUGCGAGUGAUGUCGCAGAAUACAGACCAUCGGGGAGAUUUUGUGAACCCUAUUCGUUUCUGGAGUGACAAGUCUAAAGAUAAGGAGGUUUUCCUUGCGAUCUGUAAGGCGCUUGCAGAGUAG